AAGAGCGCGGCUGCCCGCCACGGCCCCUCCGCGGCGGGUGGCCGCGAACUCUCCAUGUGGACCGUUCGCAAUGGAUUCGGCGCCGCCGCGAACCGGCCCGCCGCGCUGCACGGAACGGCAGAGGCUGCAGCGCGGUGGCGGCAGGAAUGGCGUCCCGCCCUCGCGGGAGGCCGGCUGGCGCUGCAGUGCCCCGGCUGCCGCUCUCUUCACUGCUCUCCCGCUUUGUGUGGCUCCAGAAAUCUGCUCCAGAAGUUCCUCCGGAAAAAAAAGUGAGAAGAAGUUUUGGUAUGAUAGUCCUACUCUGGGCUCUAACCUGAUAUACAAGCCCCCCAGCUUUGCAAGUGCAUUAAAGCUUGCUCCACCAAAACUGAAGAGGGAAGACAGCAUACGGAAAAAGACCCUGGAAGUUCUGUUGUUUAAAGCUGUGAGGGGUGUGCUGGAUACCUGUGAUGCUGGCCAAGAAGUUUAUGACCUGAGGUUGGAGCUGUCUAAGGUGUCCCUCACAUCAGAUUUUUCAGUAUGCCGUAUCUAUUGGAAGUCUACUGGCAGUUUGGAACGGGAUGACUAUGCUGAAAAGGUUCUGCAGAAGAGCACCAAACGAAUAAGGCACAUUCUGAUUUCUCAUCAGGUCCUGAGAGUUGUUCCUCCAAUACUGUUUCUUAGAGACAAAGCAGAUGCUGCUGUAAGAGAGAUUGAAAAGCUAUUGGCAAUUGCUGAUUUUGGGCCUGAAGAGGAAAAAGAAGAAUUGCUUGAAAAUGAUUUCAGUGAACAAAGAUCUACUGUGACUGACACACUUCCAGACUCAGGUUCCAACAUUCACACUAAUCUGUUUGGCAUUGAUCAUGAAGCAUUAAAUAAGCAAAUCUAUGAAUAUAAAAACAAGAUAAAGGUCAAGAAAAUAGAAGGGAUUGAACUCUCAGAGCAACAGCAGCAACAGUUGGCUGAGGUGCAAAGGCAAAAGAAAUUGAAGUGGAAGAAGUCCAAAAAACCCUCUCAUGAUAUUUCACCUUCAAAAUAUCUAAUGGACAACUCCCAUGGAAACUAUUGGGAUGAUGAAGUUGCAUCGUCACAGGAAAAUGAACUAGAAUAUGAUGCAGAGGAAGAUGAAAGUGAUGUAGAGAACGAAACCACAAAGCUUAAGUAAACUUCCAGAACUGUGAUUCGGAUAUUACUUUUCCAGUCCAGCAAACAAUGGGCUAACUUGCAGAGAUUUGGGCUACUCUCUACAGCUCCCUUUUGUAUGUAGAUUCCUUUCUCCCUUUCCUGAUUCCAAAAUCAUGGCUUGUUGUGAUAUCCAAACCAGGGAACGUAGGAUUACCACUAAACAGGAAUAUUCUGCAAACCUACUUCAGAGCAUGGUUUCAAGGUAGUUCAGUUUGUGUUUGGACAUCAUGGCAAAAUUGUGAUUAUGCAGACAAGGAAAGAAAGGAAGAAAUCCAAAAGUGAAAGGACAGGGAACCUGUGGCAUACUUCUUUUCCUAUAGUAAUAUUUAGAGAAAAAGGAAUAUAGCAUCUAAAACAAUUUUAUAUGCUUACUGUAGCUAUUCUUUUUUAAUUGUUAGAUGAGAAGAGCAAUUGGAUGAUUACCCUGGAGCUUUAUUAACACAUAUUUCUUUCCUUCAAUUUCUGGAAUGCAGUAGCUGUUACAUUUACCAGAACAAAUGAUGGUGAUAUAAAUAAUGAUCUGGGCAUAACAUAAGACUUUGUUUUUGAGGACAAAGAGCUGUACUUUCUGGAACACAAAGGUAUCUAAGCCGAAACACAACUCUGUAUUGUUCUGUACAAGCAGGACAGUAUAAAAAUACUGGUUCAAGACACUCCUAAAAGAGGAGUGGCCACAGCCAUGGAUGUUGCUGCUGAGGCCACUGCACAAUGUAACCGAAGGAGUUCAAAAAUUGGGUGGGUUGAAGAGCACAUGAGCAUGGUAUUUUAAGAAACUCUGUUCCCUUGCAAGUGAUACACAUGAUCACAGUGAGGAGGAGUAGAGUGAAGCAAAUUUGGACAGUUCAGCUAGAAUUGCCUUACAUAGGCAGUAAUUCUUGCUGGGGAUAGCCAGGUAUGAUUUGUUACCCAAGGGCAAACUUCAUGGAACAUUUGUGUGGAUUAAUGAUGCUUCAUGAAUUCUUGUUGUCUUUGCCUUUAUCUCCAAGAAAGUUGGAAUUGUUUAAAGGGGACUUCCAUCAGAUCAGAAUUUUAUUAUGUCUGUAGUGGGAAUGGGCAACUUCAGUCCUCCACUGGCUGCAGUCUUGCCACUGCUGCUAGGCAUGUGUAAAAAAUGUGCUUCAACUCAGUUUUGAUGAGGAUUUCCCAGUUCACCUGUUUUUAAAGUAAACAUGGAUGCAAUCUCACACAUUCCUCAGCCUGCCAAGUGCUUCACAAACUUUUCCAAAAAGGUGUUUUACAGCAUGCAUAUAUUAAGUGCAGAAAAAUGUGUACUUCUGAAAAAUAUGCACAAAUAUAUUUAAUCAAUGGAAGAAGAAUGCAUAAUACAUUUCAAAGAUGUGCACAGAAUUUCAUAAGAACGGAAGAAAAGCUUGCAGUUUGAUAUGGGAUGACGUUCAAGAUGGAAUUUGGUGGACUUGAAUUACACUGAUCUGCAUAUCCCAACCACUGUAUUCUCAUUCUUAGCAGAGGCAGGGACAAAAACAGUUAUUUCAAGCUAAAUUUGUCUUUUUUUAGCUAAUUGCUGCCACCAUGAAUUUUGGCAGGGGCUACAUGCAACCUGUGAGCUGCGGAUUGCCCACCCUUGGCUUAUAGCUUCAGAUAUCCCAACCAUAUGGCUGUGCUGUCACAAAAGUGCAAAAAAAGUGAGGCUAGCUUUGCUACUUGAAAGGGUUCUACCAAACAUUGGGUAUUAUAGGAUUGUGCCAAAUGUAAUCAGCUUUAAAAGGGCCAAAGUGUGAAAUACAUGUAGGAUGUUGAGUUGACUAUAUAUGGAUGGAUGAUCUGCUAUGCCAUAUUUGUUGUUUAUUUUCGGAGACAGGACUGUAUUUUCUGAAUAAAACACACACAAAAG